UGAAAGACCUAAAAGGCUAUAAUCAUAUCGCUGGAAGUAUUUUGCGCGUGAUCGACGGAAAAGACAUAUGGUAAAGCAGAUACGACAAAUGUAAAAAAACAUGCUGUCGCAAAUAUGCAGCCUUCACGUUCAUCACUUCCAUUCCAAUCACACGGCGACGCACUAGACAAACUUUAUUCAGAAUUAUUUUCGCAUUGAAUUUACGAGAAAUUAUUUUUGAUAUUUUUUUUCGAACCAUUUUGGCCAGUCCAAUUUUUUCCCUAGUUGUCAAACAAGCAGUCAAACAGGCAUUUGAUUUGAAUUCUAUCGAAAAAGUUCAGUGAGAAAAAUUGCCAAGAUGGCUAGCGCAGUGAAUAAAAUUGUAAAUGGACACGCUGCUGUCGAUUUAACCGAUAAAGACUCGUCCAAGGGGGAUGCUUCAAAGGAGACAAGUGAAACCACUUCACCAGCUGCGGCAACACCCGAGGAAGUCACGAAACGCUCAAUAAGAGUACAAACUUGGCGUAAAUUCCAAGAGCAGAAACUAUACACGGGCAGUUUUGUCUUCAAUCGCAUUCCGAAUUUCGUCGGAGUCGAAAAAGCGGUUGAAUUGCUUUCAGAAACGCCGGAAUAUAAAAAUGCGAAAAACAUAAAGGUAGACGUUGAUCGAUCUCAAGAUGCGGUCAAAUUGAACGCGCUGUCCUCUUCAAAAAAUCUUUUCAUCUCAUGUGGCAAAGAUUCGAAAGCACUUUAUGCAAAAGUGAAUUGUCCGGAAACUGAAGAUGUGGCGACACAGAAGAAGGCUAUCUUAGUGCUUAAUUUGGCUGAAUAUGGAACAGAGAUCGAGUUUCAAAAUAAGGUGGAAUUGGAUAUGGUUGUCUACGGAUCAGUUGCAGUGUCGAAAUUGGGUGAACGAAUCGGAAGAGGAAAUGGCUAUGUUGAUUUGGAUUUCGCUACCCUGAAGCACUGUGGUUCCAUCACCGACAAAACAUUGAUUGUCACUGUCAUUCAUGAUGAGCAGUUGUACGACACCCUUCCAACGCACCUAUUCACCGAUCUGGAUGUGCCUCUCGACCUUAUAGUUACUCCGACUCAAGUUAUUCGAGUACCCAAACGUCUGCCACGACCAGCUGGCAUCAGAUGGGAAAUUUUGUCUCAACGUCGAUUAGGCGUUGUCCCAGUUUUGCAGGCAAUCAAGGACAGUGAAACUCAAAGCGGAAAGGUUAUUACGUUAAAGGAAGAGGACACUGAUGUCGAAACCAACCGUCGACCGAAAACGGUUCGACGUUUUGUGAAGCGCGUACGAAAAGGUCGUUCGGACGGCGAAAAUGGAAAGGUACCGGAUGAAACGACGGCAGGUAGAACGCGUUUGCGUAGAAAGUCAAAGAAAUCGACCGACGACGGAAAACAGUCGUCUGGUGAGAAAUCGAAAUCGAAAAACCAACUCAGUGAUGACGGCGAGGACAGUGAACCGUCAGUGCCAACGAAACGAUCACUGCGUCUGCAAACUUGGCGCAAAAUCGAAAAUAAACGCUGCGCGCCUAAUCCGUACAGCAUUUACAACAGAGUGCCAAACUUUAAUGGUGCUGACCAAGCAGCUAUUCUCCUCUCUGAAACGAAUGAAUACAAAGAUGCCAAAAACAUUAAAGUUAACUCGGACAAAGCCCAGGAUCCGGUCAAAAUCAAAGUCAUCGAAGAUUCGAAAAAUUUGUAUGUCGCCACCGCUCGUGAUUCAAAAGCAUUGUAUGCAAAGAUCAAUUGUCCUGCCGACGCUGAUGAGGAAACGAAACGAAGAGCCAUUCGCAAUCAAUAUCUCAGCGAGUUUGGAACCGAAAUCGAGCUUGCAAACAAAAUUGCAUUGGAUAUGUUGGUGCUUGGCGCUGUGGUUGCAUCCAAGACCGGACAUCGAAUUGGACGAGGUAACGGCUAUGUUGAUUUAGACUUUGGCAUAUUGAGUAAAGCGGGUGCCAUCACCGACAACACUAUAAUUGUUGCUACCGUACAUGACGAACAGGUUUGUGAUACACUACCGGAAGAUCUUUUCACCGAAUACGAUGUUCCCAUUGAUAUGAUUGUAACGCCAACGGCUGUGUUUCGUGUGGAAAAAAGAUUGAAACGACCGAACGGCAUUUAUUGGUCACAUUUAUCUGAAAGACGUUUGGGCAUUGUUCCGAUCCUACAAACGCUCAAGGAAAAUGCAGAAAAAGAAGGUGAAACCUUAACGUUGAAGGAUGAAGACACUGAUGUGGAUGAACGCAAGAAGGGUAGACCGAAGAAGCGAUAUUUCCGUUACCGAGGAGCCCGGUCAACGAGCAAAGGAGACGAUGACAACAAACGCCGUCGCAGACGUUUCAACCGAAGACCGAAGAAACCGAAGGCAGUCACAACCGACGCCGAAGCCGAACAGUCCGAAGGCGAACGAAAGAAGCGACAAAAGAAACGCCGCGACAAUCGCGACUACUGCAUCAAAGUGUCCAAUAUUCCGAAAUCGAUGCGAAUCAAGGAAUUCAAAUCGGAGCUCCGGCUCAACGGUUGCAAUCCGAUGUUCAUAUCGUGGAAGGGAUCGUACGGCACAUGCUAUUUGCAUUUCAACAAGCAGGAUCUUGAGGAAAAUGCUGACGAGGCUGUGGCCGGCAUUCUGACCAAUUUACAGAAGCUGCAAAUAAACGAUACAUCGGCAACGAACGAUGAGUCACCGGCUGAGGGACUGAAGCUGGAAGUGAUCAAACGACAACCGCAAAGCCGUAUCGAAACGGUUGAAGUGUCAUCGGUUUGAAUACGAUUUUUUUUUAUGAUUUUCCAUUGAUUGAAAAAAGAUUAUUUUUUUUUUAAAUUGAACGCAACAACAUCAUCACAUCAAUCUGCAAACUCUUUUUUUUUCCUUGAAUUUUAACAUUAAUUGCUGAGUGUGUGGAUGGUGUAGUUAUUGAGAGAAAAUUGUUUCAACAGAAAACAAAACAAAAAUUGAAAAAUUUUCACAAUUUAUAUUUGGUAUAAGUAACACGAAACGCGCGCGGCUGUUCGUUGACCAUUAAUUUAUUUUAAUUUGAACGAACACAAGCACACAUGAAGAAAUUUCCUUAUUUACAAUGUUUUUUUUUAAAUUAUAAUUCCCUUCCCAAAUAAUUUGAAUUAUGAUUAACCUUUUACAUACUUUUGUAACUUUCACUUGAUUGUAAAUAAAUGAAAAUUUACCUUUUCGUUUCUUGAUAUAAAUUUAUAUUUUUUCUAUUGAUUUCUAAAAAAGAGGAAAAGUUUAUUUUAUUUGAUGAAUUUUGGUCCGGUGAUGAUUCUGGGAUGAGAUAUUUAUUAUAAUAUAAUUAUCAGAACGGUAGAAGAAGAAGAAGAAGACGACGAGGAACGAACCAACAACGAGUUUUCCUUUUCCAAACAAAUCAGGAAUUAACUUUCGAAAAUUGGAGAAAUAAAAUUUUUUUACGUUGCAAUAAAAGAAAGAAACUUUUGACAAAAAAGAAAGAAAAUUUUGUUUCGAAGAAAAUCC